AGCAAAAAAGCGAGAUGGACACCGCCGAAGACGCCUGACAGUUUUUGUUCUUUAUCCUUUAUCUGAAAUGUUUGUCUAUCUCGGCGCUCAGGACCGCUUGUGAAGAUGGAGGCCAUGGAGGACGACAGUUUGGACAUAAAAGACGACCACAACCACAACUACUGUGCGAGCGGCAGCAGUAAAGUCCGCACGUAUCUUAGCAGCCAGCUGUCGGAUGUAACGACGGUCCCGCAGCCCGUCUGUGCGACGGUGCCGGGAGGAGAAGCUGGGAGUCGGCAGGGGAAACUGUGGCCCGGUGGCACCGGAGGGUCAAAGUUCAUGGACUCGGAUACCGGCAGCGAGAGCAGCGAAGUCAGUGAGACGGACUGUGCAGCUCCUCCAGCCGCUGCAGAGGGAAAAUUCUCCCUCGAUUCUACUUCCAAGUUCCUUCUGAAUGCAAUGGCUGUCGAAGACUACAGGAAAAACCACUGGCCAAACCUGGAGAAGGCCAUUGACCGUCUGCUGAUCCAGAACCCCACAGACCACAUCUCUGUUUCCUAUGCACAGAUAUACAGUUACAUCUACAAGUGUGUUUGUCAGCAGCACUCGGAGCUGCUCUACAGUGAUCUGACAUCAAAAAUAACCAGUCACCUGCAGCAGGUUUCCACCCAUCUACAAGUCAGCCCACCCGAGAACUUCAUUGAGAACUUCAACGUUGCUCUGACGCAAUACACAGCUUCUCUUCAAUGUAUAGUUCCUGUAUUUAUGUACUUGAACAAGUUCUACAUUGAAUCAAAACUGAACAGAGAUCUAAGAGAGGAUCUGAUGAAGCUGUUCGCCGAUCACGUCGCAGAAAAACACGUGAACACACUGAUGCCUCUUCUCAUCAAAGCCCACUCCAUGCCCUUUCAAGUGCAGCCAUCAACAAUGGCCAGCGUGGUUAAGGGCCUCUACAGCCUACGACCAGAGUGGGCCCAGCUCGCUCCUGCUCUCUUCUCUGGGUUUAUUCCUCAAAUCAACCCUCCUGCUGUGGAGUCUCUGCUGUCGGACUACGCUGCACAUGACCAGAAGCUACAGAUGGAGCUCUCCAUGAACGGAUUCCCACGAGGUGACCAGUCUCGAAAACGAGCCAGCGAGGACUCCUGAUAGCAGCGCCAUCUCCACCAGAUCUGUUGCACAACUAUUACUGUGCCUCCUACGUCUUUAUCACAAGUGGUCUCACUGAACUAGGUACAAUGCUAACAAUGUGUCAGUUUCAUUUCUCUCGACUCAAGGUCACAAAACACUGUGAACAACAAAGGAGAACAUGAUGUUGAGCGGAAACUUACUCUUACUGCACUGAUAAAAAGCACACAGACUUCCAUUAUGGUGCUUCCCCCCCUGUGAUUAUGAUGCGUCUAGCUUCAGUAAGUGUGCGCGCUGGGAUGGAUUUCCUCAUGUUCUGCUCGUUUGAAGAGUGCCUUCGUGGUGUCUGUUCGAUGGGAUACCCUGACAAAGGGAUAGUUUGACAAUGGGUAUUUCAUUCCUAACCUUUAACAUGGAAGUGUCUUGUGUUGUUUUUAUAGACGGGGCUAAUCAAGACUUUCUAUUGCUGCUAAUAAUACUGUCCACGUGUUAAUACCACAAUCCUUUGGUUUCCCCCACUGUGUGUGUGUAACCCAGUGGCUACAGUCAACACAUAUCAUGAGGAAAGAAGUUGGAACUUAAGUCAUUGACCUCAACUAUGAUUCUCUUCCUCAUGUUGCCUUUACUGCAUUGGUAAACCAGAUUGUAUUUUCCAGUUACGCCAAAGAGGAUUGCAGUACUUUUUGUGUCUCCUUUAUAUAUAAGGCAUUGGAUUCAAGCUGACGUGCUAUCCAAGUCACUGAGCCAUCUAAUUUUUUAAUACUAACAACUUUUGAGCUUUGGUUUACCUGCGUGUUUAUUAGGCUGGAGUCAGAUUCUUCCUUUAAAUACAGCAGAAGUCAGUGCAGCCCUUUGCAAUCUCCCUUAAAUGUCAGAUGAUUCAAAAUGUUAUUGUCUUGUAGUAAGUGCAUUAAUUGUUGAACUGUGGGGUAUUUGAAAAAAAAAAAAGUGGUUGUUUUUUUUUAUAUUAAACACACUGACCCACUGUAAGAAACAAAAGUCACUAAGAAUCAGAUCUUUAAUUUUUUCCCUAGUUCUUAUGUCCACCGUCAUAUUUGACGACAGACUCAGUCCUCCUCUGCAUGGAAGAGGCCAGUCUAGCACGGAUUUCCAGCUCUUUGCUGGAGGGGUUGCAUUGUUCUACCGUUCUCUUCAAAUACCCCAAAGAUGUUCUAUGAGAUUCAAGUCAGGUGACAUUCUUGGCAGGCUUCUUUGGCUUUCUUUCAUUUUUAAAUUUAUUCUUGCAAUUUAGUGCCAAAGAUCAGGAAAGAUUUCCUUUUUUCUUGAAGGCUAUCCGUCAAAGUUGAUGUUAUGAACUGUCCUCCAUAUUGUCUGAGCUGUGACAGAAACUCUGAUUUCUAUUAAUAACUCCUGUGCCAAGUCUAAAAACACCUGCCUGUCUGUUUUUCAGAGGUAGAUUGUCAAAAUAACGCGCUGUUCGUGGUGUCAUGUUAGGAGAUGAUACACUUUGGAAUCAUUUUGAUCAUUAAAGGGGUUUUGCACAGGGCUGCUCUCACUGCUGUCAUAUACUGUAACCUAUUUGAUGUUUCACUGAGUGUCAGGAAGCUUACAGAACUACACAACAGUAUUUGAUGAUUUCCUCAUUUUUCUUCAGCUUGCCUGAAUUGUCCCUUAACCUGAUGCUUCAUUGAUUUAACAAAACAAAUGAUAUGCAAAUAUGUUUAGGUCUGGCACACUUGUGCAUUAAAUGUUCCUAACAUGUAUAGCCUGUUCAUGAUGUAAAUAGUUUGUUUUUUUCUCUGCGUAGCGCUCCAUGUACAUUAGCUAUCGUCAUAGAUGCUUUUUUUUUUUCCUUUUUCUUUUUUAAGGAUUCACUUGAAAUAGAAGUAUUUGAUACAAGGUCUUACACUGUUUUAAGUGUGAUUAGAUGCUCAGGCUUGCUUUUUGUUUCAAACAUGGUUAUCAUCUGUCUAAUAAACUAAUUUUAUGACUCAUGGGACACAGGGCACAGAGGUGAUUCUGUUUUUCGUUAUUCAAGAUUUAAUUGGGUCUUGAUCUCAUCAAUAAGUAGGCAUUACAGAAAAACAAACUGAUACAGCAGAGGGAAAUCUGAAUCAGUGCUGAUGCCAAACACUGGAUGUUCUAAGUUACUUCUAUCACGUUUUCUUUAACAUUCUAUAUCCACGUUAUGACUACUGUGAAUAAAAUUCCACUUGCCUCAAA